CUUAAUUUCCAUCUUUAUACUUCGUACUCAAUACUCUAAUUAUCUGUAUGCCUUCUACUUUCCUCCUACCCAACUCGACGACGCGAUGAUUCAGAGUUGUCUCAGCCUUAAUCGGACUUACAUAACACAAUGUUCGGAGUUAAUAACAGUAAUUCUAUCAAUGAUUUCAGUAACAUCGACUUCGAGCUAGAUGGGUUUGACUUGGAUGUCGAUUUACUCACUGUCAAUGAUAUCAGCUUCGGUUUCGAUCCCAGUUCAUCUAAUACACUAUUACCCAGCGAUGGUGCGGAUCUCAACAAGCCCUAUCAUGCAAAAAGACCUCACAAGAAAUCACGAGCUGGAUGUCACCAAUGUAAAAAGCGUAAAGUGAAGUGUGAUGAAGUGAGACCCACGUGCAAAUCGUGUAGGCUUCGGAGAGAGAAGUGCGCAUAUCCAGCUGUGCCAGCAUCUUCCUCAUUAACAUAUAGGGCUAAGUCUGAUGCCUCUUCUGGUUCUUCUUCCCCCGAAGAACACUCGCCACAGCCAUAUCAAAAUGAAAUCGUCUCGCAGGGAACCACCAUUAUGGAGCCUUUGUAUCGCCCGCGCGAGAUGGCAGAUGAUUUGGACAUGAAGUUGUUAUGGUUUUGGACCAGUCAUGGCUACCGGUUCUUUUCAAUCAAAGGCGGCCGUUCUUCGAUCGUCGAUAAUGUGCUGCAGGUGAAAUUUGUCCAGCACGCUUUCCAGUCCCCCUUUUUGAUGCACUGCCUGAUGGCCGUGUCAGCAUCGCAUCUUCGAAAUUUGGGUCAGCCUGUUCCAGCUCAUCGCGCCAUCAGCUAUUCCACCAAAGCAUUCGAGAGCUACCGAACCGCUAUCGAGGCAGCAAAGCCCGAAGACUUUCCCGCUCUAAUAGCAACUUCUCUUCUCAUGGUGGCCGUAAGCAGUCAAAUGUUCCGAGAGACGGAUAGAAAGCCGCUACACAUUUUUGACUGGAUCCAAGUCUGGAGAGGGAUUGGUCUCAUUAUAGAUGUUGUCUCUCCCAAAGCUCUCCAGGAGUCGGGCAUGGCAGUGCUUUUCCACAGACCACGAGUUGAUCUUAAGAAGGCAUCAACGCACAUUCCCAACAAUCUCCUGUCUAUGGUCGAAUCCAUCGGACCUGGCGAUGCGGAUGAAGAAUAUAAAGAAGUGUAUCAUGACAUGCUCAAGUACCUUGGGUCGCUUUAUCAGGAAUUAAAGGAAUAUGGCUUCAAUCCCAUUCUCGAUCUUCGCAUUAUCAUAUUUUACACAUAUUUACCGAAGCCCUUCAUUCCUCUUGCCAAGGAACAUCGACCACGGGCGUUGGUCAUGAUAGCCCAUCACCUAUGCUUCCUUAAAAUGCUUCCAAAGGUGUGGUGGAUUAACGGGAUCGCAGAUCAUGAAAUUAGGCAGAUCUGCCAAGAAGUCGGUAGCGAAUGGGCACAUCUGCUGCGAGUACCUGAGAUGGUCUUGAAAACAGACGACAGGGUCGAGAUGGCACGGUUAAUCAUCGAUAACCAUAAUUGGACACCUUCUGAAAUGGACCAAUAUGAGAGAGACCACGACCCCAGAUUAAACACCGAUCUCAAGCUGCAUGACAACCAAGGGAUAGAGAUGUUGAUCUGGAAGGGCGAAUGGAGACGAAGGUCGUCUAUUUCAGAUAUUGAAUCAGAUUCGUCCCUAGACCAAAAUCCCGAUAUCAGUAAUCCUAUCGGUAAUACUUCAUUCGACGCACCAUGAAUAAAUUUACGAGGAGUCUCAAUCUACACGCCCUAUUCCUUUAUGUCGGGUGAAGUACUGGAAAAGG